CCUUUACUGUACGCUGUCCAAAUACUGAAUGAACUAACUUGUUUGUUCUGAAGAAGCUCCCAAAAAAAUGUUACAUAAAAAUUGUGAUAAGAAGCGACUAUUUCAACACAUGUUUCGACCGAUACUGAAUUAUUUUGAGUAGGACAUGUAAAUUCGUAAAAAAAACUCUAAUCUUUAAACCACAGUUAACUGCGUUGAUAGCAAUUAUGUUGCUGCACUGUAAUUCUUUCCGGCAGUCUAUAAUGAUGAAUAGCUUUUUUGCUUUUCCUAAUGUUUCGAUGCUUUUGGUUAUCAGACAAAAUUCUAAAUUAAGCUCUGCGCUAUCAAUCCAAACUGAAAAACUAAACGAAAAAACGAGAAACAAGUGUAUAUGAAUGAACGAUGGACCACCGAAAAGUUCAUUUCGUGUUCAGUUUUCAAAGUGUAAAGAAGUUCUCAAGUGGUCAAGUGAUUAGUGAAUAAAAAUUAUUAGGUUGCCAAGUGCUUUUAAUUCGGCACAUGUGAAUAGAAAGAAGAACUUACGGAGAGCAUACAGUCAGUACAGUGAAAAUAUUUUGUGAAACCGAUCAUUUUGAUUUAAGUGUAAAAAACCACAAAUCGUGCGCGAUUAUCAUUAAGGAGCACCCUACAACCAGAAUGUGUCUAAUCUAAUCUUGGUCGUGGUGGUGAUUUCGCAAUUGAGGAGACAAGUAAAAACAGGAAGUGAAAUGGCGAAAUUAAAAACGCUUUUGAUAUGCAUGGUGGUGUUGGCUAUAGUGACAUCAUGUUUGGCCGACGGACAACAAAGUAAUAAUCAUAAGAAGCAAGGCGGCCGGAAAAAGACUGAAGCAACAUCAGCGACCAAAUCAAAGAAAAAACCACAAUCUGAUGCUCCGUUGCCAUCCAAAAAGAAAUUGACACUACGCGAUGAGGAAUACGACGAUGGAGAUGGUGCAGAUGGAGACUAUUACGAUGAAAAUGAAGAUCCCAACGAGGCGGGUAGACAGCAGCCACCUUACAACAAAAAUAACCGAAAUCAUGGACAAACUGAAGCGGUAGCUGGAGGUGGCAGACCAACUCAACAAAGUGAGGCGGUUGUUGCACCGUUCACAUGUGAAUAUGAGGGGAAACGGUACCGAUCUCUUGAGAAGUUCAGCAGCGGGGUAAACGGUUGCGCUCAAUGUAUUUGUAUUGAUGGUAAUGUCAAUUGUGACGAGUCUAAGUGUCAAAUCUUGGUGGAUCCACCUGAAACGCCAAGUGUAAAUGUACCAUUGCCACCAAGACAACCACCAUCACCACCAGCAACCACAACAACGACCAAACAACCAAUCAUCCGAGCAGAUACACAAACAGGCAGCGAAAAGGGACCCUCGACACCUGAUCUCGCAUACUAUGCAAGCCGCUUAACCGAUGCCAAUAUUAAUUCACAGAAAGGACCACCACCAGAUGCCAUGUCCUACUAUCCAGAACAAUUUCAGUAUAUGCAAGCGCAACCUGGUUUGAGAGGACCGCCGGGACCACAAGGUCUUGCCGGACAACCUGGCUCUCCCGGAUCGCAAGGACCAAUUGGAGAACCCGGAGCUAUUGGCCCCGCUGGUCCAAGAGGACCCACUGGAUCCCCUGGAUCGCCAGGAAAGGAUGGAAUUCGUGGAGAAGAUGGCGAAGUGGGUUUGCCUGGCGUUGCUGGUGCGCCAGGUCCAAGAGGACUACCAGGUAUUCCAGGUAUACCUGGCAUGAAGGGUCAUCGUGGGUUUGCCGGCACGGAUGGCGCAAAGGGUGAUAAAGGGGAAUCAGGUGAAAAAGGUUUGCCAGGAAUUGGAUUGCCAGGACCACAAGGACCACCAGGACCACCAGGAAAUCGCGGAACGGAAGGAUUGCCAGGCCCUCAAGGAUUACGCGGUAAUGACGGUGCCAUUGGCCCGAUAGGUCCAUCUGGACCACAGGGAAAGCCGGGCUUACCUGGGUUUAUUGGACCGCCUGGAAUAAAAGGUGAUACAGGUUUGCCGGGCCAAAAGGGCGAUACCGGAGCUCCAGGUGAACGCGGUGAGCAUGGGCCUCGUGGCGAACCUGGAAAAGAUGGGUCGGAUGGCAAAGAUGGUGCCAAAGGAGACAAGGGCCAUCAAGGUUUGCCCGGAACGCCUGGUCCUAUAGGUUUUCCCGGUCAGCGUGGACAAGCUGGAGCAGAUGGUUUAAAUGGUGAAAUGGGGCCGAAAGGAAAUUCGGGUCCGCCCGGCGAACGUGGUGCGAAAGGAGAUGCCGGAGUUAAAGGAGACGCCGGUCAACCUGGUCCGAGAGGCAUUGGCAGUGUAGGCCCUGAAGGACCAAGAGGCAAAAGAGGCAUGCGGGGACCAAUUGGUUUGCCAGGUCCACAGGGAGAAAGAGGCGCAAAUGGACUCCCGGGUAUGCCAGGAAAUGAGGGCCCCUUGGGGCCUAAGGGUCAUGCUGGUGACACCGGUGCUCAGGGAGCCAUGGGUCAAAAAGGGAGUCAAGGGGACGCAGGAGCACCUGGCGUAGCAGGUCCGAUCGGAUUACGAGGUUUACCAGGCAAAAUUGGGGCACCUGGUGUGCCAGGCGAACGCGGCCCACAGGGAUUACAAGGGAAAACUGGUGAAAUUGGACCGCAAGGCAUUCAAGGAAUUCCCGGGCCAAUUGGUUUGCCAGGUGACAAAGGUUUGACUGGAGAACGAGGACGUGACGGCGGCAAAGGACCAAUCGGUCCAGCGGGAGAGAAGGGAGAACAAGGCGGCAGAGGUGAACGCGGUGAGAAAGGCGAUCGUGGAAAUGACGGUGAGCGCGGGGAACCUGGCUCAAUCGGACCACGUGGCUAUUUGGGAUUGCCUGGUGCACAAGGAAACAUUGGUCCACCUGGAGUCGGUGUGCCUGGUUCGCCUGGCCCCAUCGGACCUAUUGGCCCUCGUGGCAUUCGUGGUGAACGCGGAGAGCAGGGAGAGCGUGGAUUAAUUGGACUUACUGGAUCGCAAGGAUUGAAAGGCGAAAAGGGUGACCAAGGAAAUGAUGGUCUUGUUGGUGUUCAAGGACCUAUGGGAUUGAAGGGUCACCAAGGGUCACCUGGAAUUGGAUUGCCCGGCCAAAAAGGAGAUAGAGGAAUUCAAGGCAUAAAGGGCGAACAGGGCAUACAAGGUGUUGAUGGUGGUCAAGGUCCUCCAGGAAGACCCGGUGAAAGGGGUGCGCAAGGUCCCCAAGGUGCCGUAGGGCCAAUCGGGGAACAGGGAAUUCAGGGUGCAAGAGGCUUGCCUGGAGAAGUAGGACAACAGGGAGAACGUGGAGAGCGCGGUAUACAAGGACUGCAAGGACUACAAGGUUUUCCUGGGAUUCAAGGACCGCAAGGUAUCAAAGGAGACAAGGGAUUGACUGGGGUAAAAGGUGAAGAAGGCAAAGUCGGCAAAGCAGGUCCACCGGGGGAGAGAGGGCCGCAAGGAUUGAUCGGGUUGACUGGGCCCAAGGGUCAUAAAGGAGAUAUUGGAUUGCCAGGACCACAAGGCAUGAUCGGCCCAAUUGGACGACAAGGCGCACCUGGACAAGCGGGCCCACCAGGACCACAAGGUAUUCAAGGCGAGAUCGGCCUUACUGGUCCCAAAGGAGUUGCAGGAGACAUUGGCAGACCUGGUCAAACUGGCCCGCAGGGCACACCAGGUUUCGAUGGACAAAAGGGAGAAAAAGGGGAACUAGGCGCAUCAGGUGUAGCCGGAAUAUCAGGACCAAGAGGAGUGCCAGGGGAGCGAGGACUGCCAGGAUUACCUGGGGCGCCGGGAGUUGGAGUUCGUGGAAUGCGAGGUUUGAGAGGCGAAACUGGUUUAACAGGAAAACAAGGUGAAAUAGGUCCAAUGGGUCAAGUUGGUUUGCAGGGUCAACCAGGUCCUCAAGGUCCGAUUGGCGAACCAGGCCCAGAAGGUCCCAUCGGAAAAACUGGAGAAAAGGGUAAACAAGGAGAAAAAGGAGUUCAAGGUCCAAUCGGAAAUCCAGGGCCAACAGGUCCACCUGGUUUGCAGGGAUUGCCAGGUUUGCAAGGUCUAGUUGGAGUUUCUGGCGAACGCGGAGAAAAGGGCGAACAAGGCGAACAAGGUAGCAUCGGUAUGAGAGGAAAACCAGGACCAUUGGGUCCAAGUGGUCCUAAAGGAGAUCGUGGUGAGCCUGGACCGGAAGGUCAUAAGGGCCACACUGGAUUGCAAGGGAUGCCAGGAGCACCAGGAUCUCGUGGAGAGAAGGGCGAAAAGGGCCAAGGCGAACAAGGACCAAUGGGAAGAACUGGUGAACCUGGCCCACGCGGUGCACCAGGUCAUUCAGGCCAACAAGGCUUAACAGGACCUAUGGGUCCGCCUGGUCCCCCUUGCUCCGAUGGUAAACCCGGAGCUCAAGGUAUACAAGGUCCGCCAGGGCCUCCAGGUCCUCCGGGUGAAAGUCAAGGAUACGACACAGCAUUGCUGGCAGCAUUGACCAGCCAAAUGUCAUCGAUAAAUAACAACAAAGGACCAAGCAGCGGUGACAUCCAAGAGGAUAGCCCAACCGGCAAUCAUCAUCGUCAACUAACAUUGGAAGAACAACGAAAUCUACUCAAAAAAGCCUACGAACAGUUGAAGCGCAAUUUGGAUAACUUGAACAAGCCCACCGGUCAAAAAGACUCUCCAGCUAGAACAUGCAAAGAGCUUGUACUGGCCCAACCACAGCUGCCUUCCGGUGAUUAUUGGAUCGAUCCGAAUGAGGGCGAUAAAAAAGAUGCAAUUUUGGUGCACUGCGACAUGCCAACGAAAACAACAUGCGUUCGUUCUCAACCACAGCGCAGCAACAACAUUGAGUACGUUGGCGAUGAAAGAGAGAUUUGGCUGAGCGAAGUUCAUAAUGGCAUGAAACUCACCUACAAAGCCGAAAGCAACCAAAUCACACAUUUACAAAUGCUAUCGACUCACGCCUCGCAAAACCUCACUUAUCAUUGCAAGAAUUCGGUCGGCUAUUUCGAUGCCGAGAAAAACAACUACCAUAAAUCGUUGAAAUUGUUGGCCUGGAACGAUGCUGAAUUGACGGCGAAAAAUUCACAACAAUUACGCUACGAAGUAACCGAAGAUGGAUGCAAGACACGAUCGCACAAUUGGUCAAAGACGGUGAUUAGCUACAAAACUGAGAAACCAUCCAGAUUGCCAAUUGCAGAUGUGGCUGUUCGAGAUAUCGGUAUUGCUGGUCAACAAUUUGCCGUGGAAAUUAGCCAAGUCUGUUUCCAAACACAAGACUAUGACGAUCAAUAGAAUUACUAGCUAACAAAUUGUAUUUCAAUUUAUAUGUAAAUAAUCUCAACACUGCUGCUGCACUCUUCGGAGGCAAUACACUUUAAGCGACAACAUCUCAGAAUGUUAUUGUUGAAGCACGGGAAGAUCGAAUACAUGUUUCCAAAAUUCUAUUCGAUUUUAACAAACACAAAUUAUUGGAUAAUGUAUCUGUCAUUCAGAGUGCACGAUAUAAAUAAAAUCAAUUAAUUUUUCACUCAAGUUUCGAUUCGACUUCAUCACCAUAUAAUGAACUACUUACUACCUACUACCAUGAGAAAUAAUAUUGCCAUAACA